AUGAAUAACUUUGUACCCCAACACCAACACUUCAUUCUCUUCUCCAUCACCUUCAUUUCCUCCUCCUUGGCAACUGGGACUCCAUACCCUCUCCUACGUCACUGGAGCAUCUCACUAGGUUGCAUCCUAUCACUAAUUGUCGGCGCUAACAAAGGGAUCGCUGAUGAGCUCCGUUUCUUCAAAUCAGUCGGCGCCUCCGCCAAAGACACCAUCUCCGACAUCGUUGGCGUCAUCGUUGCAGAUCUCGUUCUUUGUGUUUGUAACGUCUUGUGUUUCUACCUCGAUAGAUCCGUGAAACUAGGGCAAACACGAGGAAUUUAG